AUGCUCCGGGACUUUGCUUCCAAGGCAGGCUUUGCGGUGAAGGUGGAGGACACCACUUUGAUUCUGCACCUGGAGGCAGCUAGACCGCGACUGCAGGGACUCUCGGGGACGGGGGACGGGGUACCGGGACAGUCAGGGGCACCGUGGGGACAGCAGCAGCAGCAGGGUGGGCUCGGUCGAGGGGCUGGUGGGCAAGAGGGCCGAGAGGGGGGUGAGGAGAAAGGACAGCAUGGACAGCAGCAGCGGGGCCGGCAGGGGCAGGAGGGGCUGGCUAGUGGGGGAGAGGAGAGGGGACAGCAGCAACAGCAGCUGCAGCAGCAGCAGCGGCAGCAGCAGCAGCCGCAAGGCCAGCAGGGACAGCAACAGCAGGUUUGUAGGGGAGAGGAGAGAGGGCAACAGCGGCAGCACCGGGAAGGUCAGCAGGGUCAACAGGGGCGGCAGCAGGAGGGUCAGCAUGGGCAGCGGCGUGAGGGUCAGCAGGGGCAGGCUGGCUGGGAGGAGGAGAGGAGACAGCAACAGCAGCGACUACAGCAGGUGGGCCAGCAGGGGCAGGAGGGGCAGGCCAGUAGGGGAGCGGAGAGAGGACAGCAAGGGCAGCAGCAAGAGGGUCAGCAGGGGCAGCAGCAGGAGGGUCAACAGGGGCAACAGCAAGAGGGUCAGUGGGGGCAGGCUACUAGGGAAGAGGAGAGGGGACAGCAGCGACAGCAGCAGCAGCAACAACAACAGCAUGGCCAGCAAAGGCAGGAGGGGAAGGUUGGUGGGGGAGAGGAGAGAGGACGGCACAGCUAG